GUCAUCAGCAACACUGAUGUGAGAACGGCCAUGCUGAACCGCACCUUUGCCGCCCUGAGUCCUGCAUUCCCCACCUUCAAUAGUACCGUCUGGGAAGAUUGGUUCCAAGUCAAACUAGUUCUACUGCUGCCCAGUAUCAAUACUGACACUCUGGAAACUAUACCAAACAACAUCUCCUGUGACUCCUACCAAGCAAUAAUCAAAGGCCUUGACUGUGUAUUCAAAUCUCUCUCUCCUGAACAGUCUCAGACUGUGUUCACUUUCUGUAAAAAUUUCUUGACUCAGCAAUCCCCUGAAGGGUUUCCUUGUGUAAACAGCACCAUUAGUACCAAGGAUUGGAUGGGAAGGAAUUUAGGAAGAUUUAGCAGUAUUGCUACAUUCGGGGACCUCAGGCUGCUCAACAGGAAUUUUGCCAUGCUGGAGGACCUGGAUGUUUUGACAUUGCUUCAAUUCACCCAGCUUGUAGCCACUCCAGGAAUCGUGAAUACCUCAGAUGAUGUCAGGAAACUGAUGAUAUUUUUGAACUCUUCCAAUUCUGCACAGUUCUUUGAUGUAUUCAUACCUGCUGUCCAGGGACGAGAUUUGCCAAAUGCUGUGAAGACAGCACUGCUACAGGGGGCUCUUGAUAAAGGUAACCUGUCUGCAGCCGACGAUGCAGCGAUCCUGAGGUGGCUGGAUACCAGGCUCAAGCCUCUGCUGCCAGCACUGACUCCAAUCCAAGUGCCGCUCCUCUUCAGCUUUCUGAAGAAUAAAAACUGCAGUACAAACCACCAAGCUGUGAAAAUACUGAGCUCCAUUAGUGUCACACUGAAUGAAAUUGUACAGAAAGAAGUCUACAACGCUAUUCUGACCACACUUAAAGAUCCAGCUCCACUACGCUGCUACACAAAUAACAGCUUCCUUGUGUACAUGAACGAUACCUUCCUCAACUUUGGAAGUUUCCUUACUCUAACCAGCAUCCUUUCAGUGGCUCCAGAAACACGUGCAGCAGGGCUGGUAAACACUGUAACACCCACUGAGCUGAGUGAAUUUCUCAGCGUGCCUGAACGCAUUGACAACUCCACCCUGCUCACUGAAGUUUUGAAAAACUACAGACAGUUACCUCUGUUCGUUGAUGGUUUUAAUGGGAGGACUUCGCAGUUGAACAUCUCUAAAGCCAUUAAAUCAUCCAUCCUGAGGGCUGUGUGGCCUACGGUUCUGAGCACUGAUAGUGAAGCUGAACUGGAUAAAUGGUUUACCAAAAGACUGAUCCCAUACCUGGAAGCUUUCGAUAAGAACCUCAUUACUUCCAGUGACACUCUGGCUGCCAAAUGCUUGCCGUUCAGGAAAAUGGUUCAGGUUCUUGGAAACAGCAGCAGCAAUUAUACAGACCUCGACAGGAAGGAUGUGUAUGGUACAAUUAAUUCAUAUCUUUCAACAGGCACAAAGCCGAAGUGUUUUAAUGCUACAGACCCAACUCUGAAUUCAACUGCUUGGUUUGCUAAUUACCUCGGACCAUUCAUUACCUUCAGCAACAAAAGUGACAUCAAUUUAUUUGGUUCGACAGAACAACUUAAGAUCUUUGCAGAUAACCCUGACAAUCUGAAGCUCAUGAACAAUGAACUCAUCCCUCAGGAUGUCCGUGCUCUCUAUAGCUCAUUGGUGUUUGCUCAAAAUGCAGCAUUCAAUAUUUCAGAGCUUCCUGAUUCACUGCUUUGUUUUGCCCCGGACACUGGAUACUCUUCUGUGACAUCAGAUGAGCUGCGAGCUUUGACAGCGAAGUUGCUAAAAGCCUGUAACAAGACUAUAAAUCCUGUGAUUAUUUCAGGUGUGGUCGGAAAAAUUGAAAAUGCCUCUGCAGAAGACUUAAAAGCCCUAGGAAAUCAAAGUGGCCAACUUUCACAAGGACAGAUUGAUCAGAUUCAGCCUGGAGUUGUUAUGCAAACUCUUAACAUCCUGAAUACAGUCAAGUGGAACCAAGAACAGGCCAGUCUCCUGGUUAAAAAGCUGUUCGGAAAUGGGUACAAGCUUGACAGUGUAAAUUCGCUUACAUCUCUGGGAACCCUGGCCCAAGGCCUGCCUUCUACCACAAUUGAGAGUGUUAGCCCUGAAGUAGCUGUCAACGUAGCAAAGGAUCCAGCUUUUGUUCAGAACAUCAUUAAAGGACCAGAAGUUGUUCAACAGAUAUUUGUUAACAAGAUAAUUACUGUGAGCAAUGAUCCCAGCACCAUUUUGCAAAAUAUUCCUAAUGAAAUGGCAGGUCUAAUUCCAUUGCGUUUAUUGACUUUCUCUGGAAACACGUUUAAUCUUGAACAAAUCAAAAAUAAACAAUGGAAAAAGGAACAGGCGUCCCUGUUUUUUGACAAAGUAGCGAUCACCAGUACCAGUUAUGAUGAUCUUUCCCCAUCUGUACUGCAAGGAUUCAGCUGCAGUGCCAUGCAAAACAUUCCAAACAACAACAUCGUCAACAUUAUCAAAGCUUGUAGGGGUAAAAAGGUACCCCUAGUGGAGGACCAGCUGUCCUGCAUGGCUUAUCAUGUCACUGCAAAUGCAUCACCACAGGACUUCACCAGCUAUCCUGUAGACAUGUUGCUCUAUUACCCCUACAGUCAGAUUCCAUCAGAAAACUGCCAAUCAUACUUUAAAGCAACUGGUGAUGCAAAAUUUAACGUUUUAUCCGAGACAUCAAAUAAACCAACUGCCCUCAUAAACUCUGCUAAAAACUGUCUGGGUAUAACAGGCACCAGGCUCAGCAGUGAAAAUUUAAAUGUGCUCAACAAUAUGGUCUGUAUCCUGAAUGGAAGCUACAUUGAAAACUCGGACAAUCUAAUCUUGGAAAAACUCAAGAAGUGCGAACAGCUCACUGGUGGACAAAUUGCAUCUGUUCAGAAAGUACUUUUCAGCGGCACUACAAAAUAUGGAAACCCUUCAACCUGGACACAGCAGACUCUCAAAGACCUUGAAGAAUUGCCAUUGUUCCUAACAAGCGAGUUUUGGUCCAAGUUCAAUAAGGAUGACAGAAAAAGCUUCCUUAAAGAGUUCCUCAAAGACCAGAAAAUAAGCCUAAAAAAAGAACUUUUUAGACAACUAGGUCUGGCAAGAAGAGCAAGACGUGCAGCUGGGUGCACUGUUGGAGAAGUAACAACAGCCACGAUCAAUGAAGUUACUUUCCCAAUUGAUUAUGAUGAGACACAGUUCAGCUUGUGUUUAGCCAGCAACACUGUGAAGAACAACCUGGCUCUCUUGACUGGAAAAGUUUUGGUUGAAAAUCAUCAGACUAUCCUUUUGCAAAAAUUAAAUGAGGCAUACAACAACAACAUUCCUGAGGAUCAACUUCAAUUGCUUGGUGCCACUUCACGAGUGGCCACUUUAUCUGACAUCAAUUCAUGGACCAUCACUACAAUUGAUACUCUGUCAGCUUUGAUGAAAUCUGAGGACGGGGGAUGGGCUGCUGAUAAGAGUGCAGCUAUAAUUACAAAAUAUUUAGGUGCUGGCAAAACCUUGGAUGCUGUAGCACUGAAAGCUAUUGGCGGUGAAAACCUGUGCUCUCUUAGUGUGAGCCAACUGAAAAACAUUACAGCACCUAACCUGAGAGAUGCAGGGGCUUUGGACAUUUCUUCAUGCACUCCUGAGAAAAAGAAAGAACUGUACAAUACAGCUUCUGCAGCUUUGAUCAGCCAGAGGAGUGAUGUGCUGACGUACUACAACCUCAUCAAGCCCUAUCUAGGUGGUGCUCCCCUGAAUGAAAUACAGAGAAUUAGUACACAGAACAUUAACAUGGACUGGACAACUUUCAUGAGCCUUGACAAAGAUGUUAUCAUGAAACUCACCCCUAAUGAGGUUAAAACCAUUCUCGGCACCAACUUGGGAGAACUUAAAAACAGACUACAGGAUCCAACAAUAAAGGCAUGGUCAUUGCUUCAGCAACAGUCAGCACUUAACAAUCUUGGGAUAACUGGGUUAACUGGAAAACCAGACCCUGUUCCAGGUGGCAUCAUAACAGCUCUGAAACCAGUGGGAGCAGGAGCGAACCUGAUCGUACCUCGCCUGCUACAGACGCUCUUCAUUGGUGUGCUGAUAGCUGCAUUGCAAAAAGUCCUGUAACUUGACAGGUUUGAUUAAAGUAUACCAAGCUUACCAGGAUGAAAAAAUAAUAAUGUGCACACAAAUGCACUUAACUUUAGUUUCUCAUGUUUUAUGGUGUUAUUGCACAACAAUUGUUGUUGACACUUUUCUACUUAGGAUCUAGUAUAUAUAUUACAAAGAAUGUUUAAUACAGCUUUAAUAUAAUUGGCAUACAUGUUGUACUACUCUUUACAUAAUGUUUAAGAAGUUUUUGUAAAUACAAUAUUAUUACAAAUGUGCACACUUGAACUAUGAAUGAUAUGUAUGGCAAAUGCACUGUCGUUACAACAAUGAAUAUUAUCCGUUUCUGAUUCUCUGAUUUUAUUUUUUGUUUCUUUUAUCGAUAUACCUUAAUAAAAAUAAUAAUUAAAAAAA